GAAAUUAUUAAAUUGAGAGAGAGAGAGAGAGGGAGAGAGGGAAUAUUUAAUGAUAUAUAACGAAUAAUACUUUAUAUAUUAGCUCCCCUUCUUCUUUUCUUAUAAAGAUGGAAAUCAACAGUGUGUCAUAGCCUAGCCCUUCAAUCAAAUAUGAUUGAAAAGAUACUCAGAAAUUAAAGAAUGACACUAUGAUAACUUUGUGAAAAAGCUUUAAAUACAAGGAAUAACAUAUGAGUUCAAGUGAAUAACUAUUCACUUUUUCAAGGUUGUACAAGUUAAACAGUCUUCUUCUUUUUUGCAACAAAAGAACUUUCCAUUUCUAUAGAAAUAGGUCAACAGUAAAAAAAAUACUGAUGGUUAAUACGAGUUUGUUAUGUAAUAGCAUUGAAAUUAUACUAAUCCGGUAGCGUGGCCGAGCGGUCUAAGGCGCUGGUUUAAGGUCCAAAAUAUUAAAACAAUACGGAUUAAUACACCAGUCUCUUCGGAGGCGUGGGUUCGAAUCCCACCGCUGCCACAGUGAUUUUUUUUUUAAAAAAAACGUUAUCAAUAGUCUUAUUAAUAUUUAUUAGCAAAAUGAAACACUUUCCAACACCAAAAAUCAUUUUUAAAGAAUACUUAAAAUGUUCAGAACUGACUUUUACCAAGCAUUCAAUUUUGGAUGCUCCAAUUUAAAACCUCUAUAGACAUAUUAAUUAGUAACUAGGUUAUAUAGUAUAUUUAGUAAAGAGAUUAGAGAAGAGAUUAGUAAACAAUCAGCAAUUAAUUUUUAAUAAACAAAAGAAGAACAUUCAACAAAAAGUUUUACAUUUUAACAAAACAACCGUCCCGAGAGUCUCUUUGAAUGGAAUGAUUUAAUAUUAUUAUAAUUUAAUGAUUUUUUAUUAAAAAUAUAAAAAAUAUUUUAAUAAUAAUAAGUCUAUUCAAUAAAAAUAUACUAUAGAAAAAAAAUGUAGACCUAUCGAGACUACGAUCAACCUUUUUCCGUUACAUUCAAAAGUAAAACUUUCCAUCAUUUUGUUUUCCUGGAGAGGAGAAAACUUUUAAAUAAUUUAUAAAGGUUUUAUUUUUGUUAUUACUAUCUCUCUCUCUCUCUCUCUCUCUCUCCUAUACAAUUGAAAGUGUUGAAUUAUAGCAGUAUUGCCCUAUUACUAAGCAACUCUGUAAUGGCAGCCACGACUAAGGGUAGCAUAUAUAAUAUUAUUUUAUAUGGAUUUCUCAUCUUAAGUUUGGUUUAUGGUCCUCUUGUUCACGUGUUAAUUUCUAUUGAAGAUCAUCAUGAAGUUUUACAGUAUAAAUUCAAAAAUUCAACCGAAUCUAAACGGAUUGUUGUUAAUGAGUCAGUUGCAAAAAGUUCUCACCCUUCUUCAAUAUGUAUUAUAACAAGAUUUCAUCAAGUUGGACCAUUUAUAACGGCAGCAAUUUGUUUCGGUAUCAUUGGAAUAUUAGCAGGAACGAUUAUAUCAUCAAGAAACCGUCAAAAAAUUGUUCUAUUAGAUAAACUACGAAUUCAGCUGGUUAUUAUCUUACAAACCCUUAUUUUAGCUAAUAUUAUCUACCUGAUUGCUGUAUGUAUACAUUAUAUGUAUAAAUAUGACUAUACAACUGGUAGAUAUUCUCUUUGUCCAGAGAAUAAAAAAAGAGGAGUGAAAAGAUAUUAUAAUAUUCUUCUAUUUAUUGGUGCUUUUUCCGUAAUUAGCUGCAUCUAUUUUCUAAUACUUUCCAUUAUGGAAUACCUUAAGGGAGAGAGAAAUUCAUUCUGUUCUCUGUCAUGUCCUUUGGAGAUUUGUCGAAAGAAGCCGACACCAGUUGAAACGUCUCAUUCUAUUCAUAUUUACCAUUUGAGUCAAUCGCAUAUGCCUAUACCGUCACAAACAAGGGAUACCACUACUUCAACAGCUAGAAGGGAAGACCAAAACGACGAUCCUCCACCUUAUGAUUCGAUACCUCCAAGCUAUGAAUCCUGUAUCAGGAAUAAAGAUAAUUCCCAACCACUAACAGAUUCUGUCAAUUCUUAUCUUGCUGAUGAACAAAAAGAAUCGUCACUCUAAAAGAAACUGACAUUUAUCUCAUUUUUGAAAUUAUGCUAUAAUAAAGUUAUAAAUAUUUCUACAUUUCAAUCAUCACUCUUGCGAUAUUCAGUGAUUAACGAAUGGAUUAAAAGAGUUAUUAUUACAUAAUUUCUUAUAUAAUGAGGUAGCGUGGCCGAGCGGUCUAAGGCGCUGGUUUAAGGUCGAUAAGAGAUAAGAAAGAUUAAUACACCAGUCUCUUCGGAGGCGUGGGUUCGAAUCCCACCGCUGCCAUUAAUAUUUUUGUAUAUUACAAACAAAUUUAUUAUGUUGAAAGUCUAAGUUUAAUGACGAACAAAUGAAGAAAUAUUUCAUAUUUUCAGAUCAUUCAACCCUACCCCUCGUUAUAUGUUCCCAUUUUUUUAUCUAUUCAUCAAAUUGAAUAGUGCUGGUUUAAAUUACUAUUCAGAAUUUUCUAUAUUUCAAUUGCUCAACACAAUAGAGAUAAUAUGAAAUGAAUUAUCUGUUGAAAUUCGAUUGGCAAUUAAGGAUAUGUUUUAAAUUUUCAUUCCUAUUUAAUCCAAAAGUUAUGUUUGGCAGGAAGAGACAAAUAAGAGGAACCUUUUAACUGGAUUAUAUUGAAUAAAGUGAAAUUUUAUUGGCUUUUCAUUAACAAUCUAUUAAUUAUUACUGAAGCCAAAUCAAUCAAACAUUUAAUAUAUACACAGUAUAUAUAUAUUGUUAAC